GGAUGGUCCUUCGAUAGAGUCCUCGGAGCAAGAUCAACAGCGCCGUGUCUGUAGUCAAGUAGGAGUUUUCCUCACCUUCCUCGCGUCUCGCCUCUCCCUCCCGCCCCUGCAGCGACACAUCUGGUGGCGGGGGCUGCGGGAGGGAGGGGCGGGCCGCUGAGGUCCUCAGUGCUCUUGUUAGCAGCGACACCCUCGAUUUAUGAGUAUGGUGGUGAAAAUAGAGACCAAUUAUGGCCAUUAUGAAGGUGACAGUGGUGUGUGCGUAGCUCAGCCGCCAUCAUCUGCCCCACUGUAAUCUCGCGGCGGCCACCGGGAAACACUAUCUGGCGGUGGGCGGGGCCUGGAAGGUCGCCGCCCCUGGUUGGUCGACCCUCCGCCCCGGUCCCGCCCAUUAUCAAAGGUCGAUUAACGAUUGGCGGCUGUCACGUGGUGGGUGCCUGGAGGCGGGGCUGCGCUGCGCAGUGACGUCAUCAGUGAUUGGUGGGUGGGCCGGGUAAUUUGUAGUGUGAUCGCCGGCGUUGAGGAUGUGUUAGUGGCGGUGAUAACAACUCCCCGGGGACGAUGGCGCCGCGUGCUGCCCUCCGCUAGUGGCACCGCUGGCCCUCACUCACGCCGCCACCAUCAUGUAUUCCGCCCGCAGGUGCUACUAAUUGCUAGGUGCGACUCGGCUCCGACACACCUGGAAAGUGUUGCGUUCCCGCCGGACCAGCAUCGUGUGCCGACGGCGGCAAGUCCCCAGCAGGUGGCGGCCGCCCAUGGCUGCUGCCCGGCCCCGGGGCUGAGCUGCUCCCGGUGGCCUCCAGCGGCUGCUAACGAGACGGUAAUUACCGCAGUGAGUGUAAUUAGCGGGAGAACCGCAACGGCCCCAUGUGCGAGCCGAUGGCCAGCAUGGAGCCCUCGCAGCCCACCGACGACGACAUCUCCGUCGGGAGCAACUCCCCGAUGGUGACUCCGCGCCACGACACCGACGACUCCAUGAUCGACGUGGACGACAGCGGCGACGGCGGCGCGGGGGACAAGGGGGCGGCGGGGCCCAAGGUGGAGCCGCCGGACCCCGCCAUGAGCCCCGGUCCGCCCCGCACCCCGCCCGCCGCCCACCAGGCCAACAACGCCCCGCUGCACCGCGCCCUCAAGUUCUCCAUCGACAAUAUCCUCAAGCCGGACUUCGGGCGGCGGCUCGGCGACAGCCUGGAGACGAGCGAGCAGCCCGUGGACUUGUCGCGGGUGACGGCCAGAGACCCCAAGGACCCCGUCAGGAACCCGGGGGCGCCGCCCGCCCCCACCGGCAUGGUGGUAAAGGAACGCGAAAGCACCGUGGGAGGAACCCUGUGGCCCGCCUGGGUGUACUGCACCCGCUACUCCGACAGACCUUCCGCAGGUCCCAGGACGCGGAGGAUCAAGAAGCGGGACAAGAAGGAUGAGAAGCGGCCUCGCACAGCCUUCACGUCGGAUCAGCUGGCGAGACUCAAGAAGGAAUUCCAGGAAAACAGGUACCUGACGGAGAAGCGGCGGCAAGACCUCGCGAGGGACUUGGGUCUGAACGAAUCGCAGAUCAAGAUUUGGUUCCAGAACAAAAGGGCGAAGAUAAAAAAGGCCAAGGGCCAGACAAACCCAUUGGCACUACAGCUGAUGGCUCAGGGUCUUUACAACCACUCCACCAUCCCCAUCCGCGAGGAGGACGAGGACAAGCUACUGCCGCCGGUAUGAUGCUCGCCCUCGCUCUCGCCGGCGGCCUCCCACAUCCCCGCCGUCGCUCCUAAGGCCCCGUAUCUCAGCCUCCACCACUACGCCGCUCUGACCUCCACUGCUCCUGCCGCUGCCUCAGUCGUCGCCGCAGCAGCCGCAGCUCCCACUGACCCAGCGCUACUGUUGCUCUCCUAAUGACAGAUUGCUACUACCACUUUCACCAACAACACUAGUAACACCAACACUACUAUCGCCGCCACCACCACCAACCAAACAAACACCGCAAACACGGACAUUAAUACCACUAUCAGUAACACCACCACCAGUACACAACCACUGCAACGCAACACCGGUGGCGAUUACAGCGGAGGGUUCUCGUCCGCUCCUCGUCGCCACACCGCCCACCUGCUGCCCCACACCUGGCAUCACCAAGAAAUUCUACAAGCGUGGGAUUCGUGUUCUUCCCCUACACGUGUAAAGGGAGACUCGCAGAGGAUCCCAGAAUAUCAGAAAAUCAAUGAAAUUCGAUGUUUAAAAGUGCGAGUGAAAAAUGUCAUUGUAACUAACUUAUCCAAGCCAUCAGGUAAAGAAAACGCGACCACACACGAGUGACAACACGCGAGAACACAACAUACUGGGAAAGAAAUCUAAAUCAAACGAAAUCCAACAAGUUUAAGAUUCCCCGCCCGCGCCGAUCAGUAUUAAGUACACACCACAAGAGACUCAAGAAGUGAUGAGCGAUCAAGUAGACGCAUAAAAUUAGACCGAUUUCUCUAAUCUCGAACACUUCCACUCGUUACUGACAGGCGUACAUGCUCUCUUCGUCUCGUACUUCAACAUGUCAGGGGAGAAGCGACUCAUCCCGCAGACCAACAAAGGGUAAUAGUGAACCAGAGUUAGCGGACGACGAGGAGAAACAAGGGCCCUCUUGUGAUGGCCAAAACAAACAUACAUGACAGACAAACAGACGAGCAGACAGGCCCGCCCUUGUUAUCAGUGAUGGAAGAGCAAGUGCAAGAAGAGGAGGAGAAGAGUAGGAGUAGGAAGAGGAGGAGUAGGAGGAGGAGGAGGAGGAGCUGAAGGGAGGCGGAGGAAGAGUACGGGUAGAUGGAAGGAAGGAUACAAGGAUGCGAUAAUCUGCAGGAUACGAGGCACUUAUCCUAUUUUCGAGCGCCCCAUAUGAACCUAAGGAUCCUGAGGGCACACACACACACACACACACACACACACACACACACACACACACAAGGAAGUGGACCUCAUGUGAUUGAAAAGUGUCAAAACAAAGCCUAGUGACGUCAGAAUUACCACCACGGUGAUCUGAGAGUCAAAGCGUGAUGUGAGAGAAGCGUCUUGUCUCUUCUCCUUCAGUGUAGAGUCUCCAUACGAACGAAUACCAUUAAGGGAUGUUUAUAGUGUAGUGUAAACUCUUUAUUUUCAUUCGUGGGCCGAGAAAACGGUGCUGAGAAGUGAAGUGAAGUCGCGCGGUGAUGAGACAGAGAGAGAUGGUGAAGAGGAGGAUACUUUGUGUGAAAAAGAGGAGAAAAUAGCAAAACUUCCUCUCAUCGUUUCUCUCAGUGGACUCAAGAAGCCGUCAAACGUUCCAGCAGUUUUGCUACGAACGUUUUGUGUUAAUUUCCUCCUCCUAUCAAGAAGGUGUUUGGCGUUAGACCUCCGACGCAAACUAACGCAGAUCAGCCAGGCGUUUUCCUACGAAUGCUAAACGUUUAAUGUGUAACACCUUCUCAGUUUUUUUUAUUACUAUAUAUAAGAUGAUAUUUAGCCAUGACUCAGAAACGUUUUUCUUUCCUCUCUGUACAAAAACGUUUCGUGUGACAACGUUGCAGGAGGAGGAGUCUGUACAGUGUCAGGUUAUGUAGACUAAUUUAUGGUGUAUUUAUGUCUGAGAAACCCCACUUUCCUCUCAUCCCCUCCCCAUUCCCCAGCCUCCAUUCCUACUUGGGCCCUCUUCCCUCCUCUAAAACGGGUCCCUUUCAUGCCCCAUCCUUUCACUCCCUAAUUCAUCACUCCUCAAAGGCCCUUCUGUCAUGUUCCUUUAUUCCCCAAGUCUCACAUCGCUGUUUUCUCUUCAUCCUCACGCCCUCCUUCACAUCCCCAAUCCAUCAUUUCUCAAGUAAGUUCCUUCAAUCAUUUUAUUUCCCCAUCCUACGUUCCUUCAUCAUUACGCUUUCUUCUUCAUCUUCAUGUUUCCUUCAAGUAAGUCCUUUCGUGUUUCUUUCCUCCUCCUAUACAACCCCCCCCUCUCUCUCUCUCUGCGUCUCAAGUCUCUCAUAAGUUUCCAGUAUCUUUAAGCAAUUCCCUCAUCAUCCUCGCCACAGCCUCCCCAUCCUCCUCACAUCUCAGGUGUUCCCCUCAUUAACACCCCGAUGCCCAAUACCCCCCACCGGCCCACCAAACUAAAACAUUGUAAAUAAAAUUGUAUAUCAA